CUCACAGGCGAGGUGGAUGGCGAGGAGGUGGAGGUUGUGCGGGUGGUGGAGGGCCUGAACGCGUCUCUACCCUGCGAUGUGAAGGCGCCCCAUCAUGACACGCCCACGCUCACCCUGUGGUAUAUAGCAGACGAGGAGGCGCCCGUGUACAGUUACGACGAGAGACCAGCAGUUAGAGGCUCCCAGUGGUCAGAUGCGGGCGUGUUAGGAGCGCGCGCCCACUACCACCCACACCGCACGCCCCCCGCCCUGCACCUCGCCCACGCCACGCCCAUGGACGCACGCCUGUACCGCUGCAGGGUGGACUUCAAGAACACACGCUCCAGAGUCACGUGGGUUAAUCUGACUGUCAUUGUCCCGCCCCGCCGUGCCGAAGUCCUUCCCCGCGUGACUCCGGUCCUCCUUGGUGCUAAAAAUGACGUUGUUUGCAAGGCCUAUGGAGGAUCCCCAGCGCCGGAGGUCAUCUGGCUCCAAGACGGCCGGGAGGUGGACAAAAGCUACACGAUCGCUGGGGAAGAAAGCUACAACGCGCUCGAGGUUCCAGCAGGGAGAGGCGACCUAGCCAGUCCAUUCGUGUGUCGAGCCUCUAACAACGACGUUCUUGGCCCUCCUGAAGUCGCCUACCUGCGGAAUGUGACCUGCGAACCCCUUUCAGUGACCAUACAAGGCGGGGAAUUGCCGGUAACAGAAGAGAGGCCUGCCAAUCUCACCUGUACAGUCAUUGGCAGCAACCCACGCCCGCGCAUUACCUGGCUGAGGCACGGCCAGCCCCUGACGCGCACACAGACACAGGUGACACACAGAGACAACGUGACGCAGAGUACAAUAACACUCUCCGUGACACGCGCGGAUCAUCACCAGCGUGUCACGUGUCACGCUUUUAACCCUUUGAUGAAGGAGUCACGCUUGGAGGAUGUCUUCACUCUUAACGUGCAGUACAAGCCCAGCCUUCGUCUCUCCCUCGGCCGCUCUCUCAAGAAGGAAAAUUUGCAAGAACUCAAGGAUAUAUUUUUCGAGUGCCAGAUUGACGCUAACCCCGAGCCAUACAAGUUAGAGUGGUGGCAUAACGGGCAGGUGGUGACACACAACUCUGGGGGCGUGAUAGUGAGCCAGACCACGCUAGCUCUGCAGAAGGCGCGGCGGGACAGAAGCGGGGUUUAUCAAUGCAGCGCGUCUAAUGUGGAAGGAGAUGCUUUAAGUAACCAGUUGUCUAUCGCUAUCAAGUACGCCCCCCGCUGCAUUAUCGCCCCCUCCCUGCGCGGCGCCCCCCUCCGUGAGCCCCUUAAUCUGACCUGCCGUGUUGACGCUGACCCCCCCAAUGUCGAAUUCACGUGGACCUUCAACAACUCGGUCAGAAGAGAUAAGGUGUUUGGGGAGAACAGGUACACCACGCAGGGUUUAGAGAGCCGGCUGCGGUACACUCCAACCAGCGAACGGGACUAUGGUACACUUCUAUGCUACGCCCGGAACAGCGUGGGCGCCCAGGAUGUACCGUGCUCCUUCACCGUCGUCUCUGCAGGACCGCCGGAGGAGGUGGGAGAAUGUUCUGUCGACAACAUCACGUCUCAUUCCGUCACUGUUACUUGUGUGCCAGGAUUUAAUGGAGGUCUGCCGCAGAGGUUCACUAUACAGGUCUGGGCCCUCACUGACCCUCCGGACCAACAGCAACUCGUCUCAAACAUGUCUGAGGUCAACGCUGAGUUUGUGGUGAGGUCACUGGAGCCAGGUCACCACUACAGGGCCGAGGUCACAGCCUAUAACAAGAGAGGCGCUACUAAUCCUGUAGAGGUCAUGAUUUACACACUCAAGGAGGCUGAAAUGCAUAAAAGCCUACCUUCCCGCUCUGAGCCUUCCGCCAUCAUGUUAGUGGUCGCUGUGUUUGCCGGGGCGGUGAUAGUGGUGGUGGCGUGUCUCCUGGCGGGCGUGUGGGGCGUGCGUGGGUGUAGGCGCGCUGGCUGCAGAAGGGAGGCGGUGUCUGGAGAAGAGGAAGAGGAAGACAUCACGACGAGAGUUUUGGUGAAAGAGUCAAAUCCGGAUAUUCUUGAGACAGCGCCACCCCUGCAGACCACCACCACCACCACCACGCCCACCACGCCCACGAGUGACCCUAUUUCUAUAAGCAUAAUCAAGACAGCCCUUCCGCCAAUUCUCCCACGCCCCCUCCAUGAUGUGUCCCCCACGGCGCCCACGUCUCCUGAGCAAGGGGGGGGAAGGAGGGGGGUAGAGGACCGGAGGGGGUGUACCUUGCCCAAUCCUAAGACUUCGCUAGGCCUACUGCCCUUACAUAUGCCUAUAGAAGAAAGCUUGCAGAGAUCGUUGCGUGGGUUAAGUUCACAGCAUCUCGCGUAGGACCUGCCCACGCGCCCUUACGCCCACGCCCACACCCGCCCACGCUCACGCACGCCCCCAUAAUGCUCCAAACAACUCUCUCUCUCUCUCUCUCUCUCUCUCUCUCUCUCUCUCUCUCU